GUGAUGGUGAAAGUGACAAAGUUUGUGACUUCUCGUCCAUUAGUCGUCCUCUUCGUCCUGGUUGUCUUGGGGUGCAUACCGAUCGUACUUUGGUGCACAACAACGAAGAACAUAACAAACGACGUCGCUUUACUCACUGAAGAUCUCCGGUCAAGUCUAGUUUCCGAAAUUGAAAACAUCGGAAUACUCAUCGAUCCCAAGACGAAGUCAUCUACAAUCGGUUUAGCCAGAGUUAUAGAUUCUUAUAUCACCGACAACAAUACCCAAUUCCAAGUGAUUCAAACACAGAUCGCACCAGUGUUGUUUCAAGCUUAUUCAACGAUCCCUCAAAUCUCACAAGUAUCGUACAUUAGUACGGAUGGUCUCUUGUUUUCUUACGUGACAGAAUCAAACACAAGUUUCGCAGUUUUUGCCAAUUCGAGUGGUGGAGACUACACUUGGUACACUCAAACCGUUGAUCAGAGAACCGGUCGUCUCCAUGGUAAUGCAACGAGAUCUCAGCCGUUAGAUGUUACCCAUGCAGUUUGGUUCCAGUCAGCACUGAGAGAUCACGGUACCGCCUUUGUGGGAACUGGUUUGGGAGGAGAAGAUAACGAGACUCUGUUUCAGAGCGUGGUUAGCUUGAACAGCAAGAAAGAAGUGAUUUUGCUAGGCUUUCCGGUUAAAUCUUUAACCGGUGUCUUGAACCGUUUGAAUCUUCACGGCGGAGAGCUUUACAUGUGGACUAAGGACGGGACGGUGCUUGUUCGUGAAGGUUCACUGAAUCCUUCUUUCUCCAUCUCCAAUGGCUCGAUUUGCUUCGAUGGAGAGCCAAAAUCUGAGCGGUCUCAAUGCAUCCCCGGAAGUUGCAGUUCCGGUGGCUACGGGGUGGAGAUCAACAGAUCGAAAUUCCAAGCUUUUUGCUCUGUUCUUGAAGUUUCCGGCGUGCCUCUGAGAUACGCACUCAUGUUUCCCAACAAAGGAGGAGGAACAAGCAUCAAUAACGCGGCGCUGUCUCUGCUUAUUGUGACGGUCUUUUAUGCAUUGUGCUGGCCUCCAGGGUUUGUUGUGUUUAUGGUGAGAGCAGCAAGAAGAGAGAUGCAUAUGCGUUCAACGCUGAUUAACCAAAUGGAAGCAACACAGCAGGCUGAGAGGAAGAGCAUGAACAAGAGUCAAGCGUUUGCGAGAGCUAGCCACGACAUUAGAGGAUCUCUUGCCGGUAUCACCGGCCUCAUUGAUCUAUGCCGUGAAGAAGUUAGACCUGGCUCCGAGCUAGACACUAGUCUUAAGCAAGUGAAUGUCUGCACAAAUGAUCUUGUUGCUCUGCUCAACUCUGUAUUGGACAUGAGCAAGAUUGAAAGCGGGAAGAUGCAGUUAGAGGAACAAGAGUUCAACAUGGCGAAGCUUCUUGAAGACGUGGUCGAUUUCUUCCAUCCCGUCGCGAUGAAGAAAGGGGUUGAUGUGGUCUUGGAUCUGCACGAUGGCUCGAUUUUCAAAUCCUCGAAUGUGCGAGGGGACAGUGGCAAACUCAAGCAAAUCCUCAACAAUCUCGUGAGCAAUGCGGUCAAGUUCACAGUCGACGGGCACAUAUCGAUCCGAGCUUGGGCUCAGAGGCCUGGUUCCAAGAGCUCUGUGGUCCUGGCAUCGGACCCUGACGGAUGCGUAACCAAGUUUUCAAAGUGUCUCUUCUGCAAGAAUAAAGACCAGCCAUCGAACUAUGAGACAGAGAUCUCGAAUUCCAUAAGAAACAAUGCCAACACGAUGGAGUUUGUGUUUGAAGUGGACGAUACAGGCAAAGGGAUUCCAGGGGAGAUGCGUAAAUCGGUGUUUGAGAACUAUGUUCAGGUAAGAGAAACAGCGCAAGGACAGCAAGGAACUGGACUAGGACUCGGGAUUGUGCAGUCUCUGGUACGAUUAAUGGGAGGAGAGAUAAGAAUCACUGAAAAGGCGUUGGGAGAGAAGGGAACCUGUUUCCAGUUCAAUGUUUUACUGACAACCUCAGAGUCGCCCGCGAGUGACAUGAAAGUGAGACAGGACAGUGAAGCGGGAGAAAAUUACAUAUCCACCCCCAACCUCGGUCUGACUAUAAACACUUCUUUGGGAGGUGGCAGGAACAUACGGAACCUGAGCCCCCGAUUCAACAACUGUCUCAGCUCGAGUCCAAAGCAGGAAGCUUCUCGAGUGGUUCUCCUGCUCAAAGAUGAAGAACGAAGAAGAGUCACGGAGAAAAACAUAAAGAUCCUGGGAAUCAAAGUCACAGUGGUGGAAAAAUGGGAGCAUCUGAGCCAUGUCUUGGAGAGACUUGCCAGGUUUUCACCUCAGAGUUCAAUGGGAAGAGCAGAGGGUAGUUUGAGAAACGAAAUUUCAAGCCCGAGCUCCAGGGAUUUACCUUUGAUUGCCAUGGAUGCUAUUGAUUCCAGGAGCCAGAUUCCUAGAAGGAGAAGCAACAGUUUCUCUGCGCUUGUCCUUCUGGUGAUUGAUGCAAAAGCCGGACCAUUCUCUGAGUUGUUCGACAUUGUCGAGCAGUUUCGUAGAGGCUUGCACCAUGGCAUAACCUGUAAAGUUGUCUGGCUUAACGAACCGAGCGGCCGGGGAAGUGAGAGAGGGGACAUUAGUUGCUUGAAACCUUUGCACGGAUCUCGUCUUCACCAAGUGCUGAAGAUGUUGCCUGAAUUUGGAGGAAUUGAUCCAAAAGAAGCACCUACUGAGCUGCAAAGGGAGUCGCAACUGAGACAAGCGAGAGGUGAAAUCCAAGAGGUACCGAGCUCAAGGUAUAACAAAAAGCUAGGCAAGUCAAUAAUGGCACCAACAGAUUCAGAGAGGGAGACUUGGGACAAGUCGGUGCGUACUGGUCGAAAGCCUCUAGGGAGCAGAGAAGGGGAGGAGCAAGGAACUUCGAGCGCGAACGAUGAUGAAUUCUUAAGAGGAAAGAGAGUCCUGGUGGUUGAUGAUAACCGUAUAACAUCUUCAGUCGCAGCGAGAAAGCUGAAGAAGAUGGGAGUGUCUGAGGUCAAACAAUGCGACAGUGGAAAAGAAGCUGUGAGAUUAGUGAGUGAAUGGCUUACACAGAGAGAGCAUCAAGCUUCAGUAAAUGUGCUUCCGUUUGACUACAUAUUCAUGGACUGCCAGAUGCCAGAAAUGGAUGGAUAUGAAGCAACUAGAGAGAUAAGGAAAGUGGAGAGAAGAUAUGGAGUGCAUAUACCGAUAAUAGCUGUAUCUGGCCAUGAUCCUGGUUCAAGGGAAGCAUUAGAAACCAUAGAAGCUGGAAUGGAUGCCUUCUUAGAGAAGAACCUGAAUCAGGACAAACUUGCCAACAUCAUUAGACAAAUCGAUAGCAAGUGGAAAACUGUUAAUGCUACUAUGUAA